AUGUCCUUGUUGAACUUCUGGGAGACGCAGCGUCCCACGAAACGUCGACGGACUUUUGAAAAUGAGGAUUCUAGUACAGACGCAGACAUUAAACCACCGAGCCCGAGUCCUUCGGUCACGGCGGGGGAGAACCCGGCUAUGGAUGAUAUAGGGAUGAUUUCCAACAGCCAAACAGAACUCGAGACUUCCCUCCCUACGAUCAAGACCAACGAGGAUGUAAUCGAGGAGUAUGAGACGUCGCAGAAUGACGCCGAGCUGGGAUUACAUGUGAGGCUACGAGAUGGUGUCUGGCAGAAAGGCAAAAGCUCCAUCUAUGUGGAUGCAUUCAACCUGGCACUGGAAACUGUCCUGGAUGAGGAAUCGCAUCUCUUUAACGAGGCUGAAAUGGAAAUCUUUACGCAGUGGCGGGGGUUGUCCUACGAAUCCCAGUAUCUUUAUGUUCGAUUGUUCCUCCGUAAGACCUCUGCCUGGCACCGUAUCAACCGUUUGAACUACUACACCGAUAUCUCGGAUUUAUUCUCUGUUGCCGAGGACCUACAGCGGGACCGGAACCUACCCGAUUCAGAACUUGGAAAUACGUUCAGAUUUGCGGAAGGCAUAGAAGCGAUCACAACGCUGGAAGAGGCUUCAUCACUUCUAUUGCUGGAAGAACUCAAGGUCUUUGCAAAGGAGGCCAAGGUCCAGGGCAAGAGCAAGAAAGAGCUGCUGGCAGCUCUUUGCGAAACGAGCCAGACCCAAACAGGACUCAAAGAUACGAACAACAGAGACGGACACUUCACCCAAAAGAUAUUGGAUUACACGGGUGGAUGCAUCAGGAUCUCCCCAGUGCCUCGCGCUCUCUUCGAGCGAGUGCACCUAGUAUUCUAUCGUUCCACGGAGUGGACCGAAAAGUCCCUUACAACAAUCAUCCUAGCGAAAAUGACCAAAAGAAACUUCCCUGAAUAUAUCGUCUGUCGCUCGAAUUCUAUAUUCUCCUCCAGAGAAGCGCUACUGGAAUUCGAAUCAGCGAUACAAACCCAAUUCGCCAUCGACAACAUCCUCGAAUCCAAUGGUCCAGUCACGACAGGCUCCCUCCAACAGAUCAUCGACCUUGCUAACAAAUCCCAUCCCCGAUGGAAAGAGCUAGUCGAGCAAGAGCAAAAGAAAGAAGACAGCAUCUACGAAAGCGGCGAAGGUGCUUAUCUACGCCGAUUCUCGCCGGCAUGGGUACUCACAAGAGUCAUCCACAAGAGUCUCAACCCGCUCGGGCGGUUCAAGGAGCAUAAACGUGAGCACGAGGUGUUAGAGGAACUUCUUGCUCAACGUCUCUUCCACGCAGCGCGGCGUGGUGCGUGGUAUCAGCGCAAGGCACUCCUAGAAGAACACUAUAUGUGGGCGUUUACGCCUUCAGAGGGACGUAGCGAAGAAGCCCAGCGCAAGCAUUGGAAGAGACUUGCGCUGCGGACGUGCGAGGCGGGUCUGGAAGACCCGCUGUGUCAUCUAAUCUUUCAUUAUGACUUGCAGAAGCGGAUCACGAAGCUGGAAAAGGCGCUUCGGGUUGUGAAGCGCGAGCAGCAUGAUUUCGGACAUGUCAUACUAGGAAAACCGGCUGAGCGGACAAUUGAGGGUAUCCGUAUCGAUACGGGUGAUGCUCCGCGGAAGGGGAAGGCGACCGUUUGGGUUGAUGAGAGAGAGGGCGGCGAGUGCAGGUUCGCCUACCUCUUUUACGAUAUCUUAUUCACAUACGUACCGAAUGUCUUCCAGACUGCGUAUCAGACGUGUCCGCUCGAUCUCCACACUGAUGUCUUCUACCCGUCUCGUGCAUCGGAGAUCAAUCACCGACUGGUUGGGAUCACGAAUGGGGAUGCGGAGCGGAUCGUUCGUGAGAUCCAUGCUCGUGAGGCGGAGACGCAGCCCUGUGCUGUUGGGCUUGACUGGUCUUUCGAUUUAAAUGACUUGGUUGAGAUUGUGCAGUGUUUCCGGGGAGAGGCACUUGCUACCAUCUGCAAGGUCAUGGCGCAGGAGUAUCAGCAGCGCGGUGGGGGAAUACCGGACCUGUUUCUCUGGAAUCAUGAGACGAGGACGGUAAUGUUCGCUGAGGUUAAGUCGGAGAAUGAUCGGUUGAGUGAUACUCAGCGUCUUUGGAUUCAUAUCUUGUUGGCGGCUGGUGUCAAAGUUGAGCUUUGUAACGCCGUCGCGAGGGAGGUUAGAGCCGAGUGUGAUGCCUAA